AUGGAACACAUUUUGAAGUCAGGUCGUGUCGAGCCUGCGCAGCCUUUUUCAGGUGCGUUCGCACUUGGGUUCACGCGAGGGGGUCAGAAAGCGCGCCCCAGUUCAUGUGAGUGUUUUGAAAAUCGCAGUUUUGUGGAAACAUGUUUUUUACAGAGGUUCCCAGCGACGGUGCGAAGAUUCGAACGUUUCUAUACGGACCACGAGCCGACGAUCAAGCUUCGUUUUGAAUUCCAAUAUGGAAAUCAAUUGAUUCCGACAAGUCCAUCUUCCUACCUUGGCCGCCCGGAAUUUUUGAUGUUCUGUGAUCCCAGACCUUCUAAUUUGAUAACAUUCAUUGAUGUACACAAAUUGAUAUCUGAAGCGUUACGUCUUCUAAAUUCCGGAUGCGAAUCUCCAUUAAUCGCGGAGACUCAGUUAGAGAAGUUGAGUCUUGGCGUUAAUUUUCUGAAACUGGACUCUGAAAAUAUGAAAUUUUUCCGAAAAUUCGGGCGGGUCGAAUUCAUAGAUGUCGUUGAGUAUUAUUUCAUAUCAGUGAUAAAAUGGAUAAUGCGUUUUGACAAGUUUCAGCUUUUGGAAAGAGAUGUUCAGAUGAAACUUCUGAAUUCCAUUUGGCACGUCUUCAUGAAGUUCCACACUUGCUCAUCAACCGCAACAUUUCGAAGAGUGUACAAAAACUCAAAACCUUAUAAGAAAUUCUUUCGGAAUGUUUGUAUGGACAAGGAUCGCGCAAGUUUUGAUACCACAUGGAUUAGCGAUCUGCCAAAGGAAUAUGCUAGUAUAUGUCUGUGUAGACCAUGUCGGCUUCGGAAGUGUCUAAAAUUUGGAAUGACAACUAAAAAAUUCCAAUAUGGAAAUCAAUUGAUUCCGACAAGUCCAUCUUCCUACCUUGGCCGCCCGGAAUUUUUGAUCGUUACGUCUUCUAAAUUCCGGAUGCGAAUCUCCAUUAAUCGCGAGACUCAGUUAGAGAAGUUGAGUCUUGGCGUUAAUUUUCUGAAACUGGACUCUGAAAAUAUGAAAUUUUUCCGAAAAUUCGGGCGGGUCGAAUUCAUAGAUGUCGUUGAGUAUUAUUUCAUAUCAGUGAUAAAAUGGAUAAUGCGUUUUGACAAGUUUCAGCUUUUGGAAAGAGAUGUUCAGAUGAAACUUCUGAAUUCCAUUUGGCACGUCUUCAUGAAGUUCCACACUUGCUCAUCAACCGCAACAUUUCGAAGAGUGUACAAAAACUCAAAACCUUAUAAGAAAUUCUUUCGGAAUGUUUGUAUGGACAAGGAUCGCGCAAGUUUUGAUACCACAUGGAUUAGCGAUCUGCCAAAGGAAUAUGCUAGUAUGUAUAUAAAAUCUCAAAGAGUUCUGGAAGACGAGGUUAUUGAAAGCUUAGAAAAAUUGAAUCCAACAGAUGUGGAACUCUGUUUUAUGUUUUCUCAGACUUGUUUCCAAUAUGCUGGAAAUCGGUUUCAAAAAGAUAUUCUAAAAAUUAUGGAUCAUUUCCAGCAAGUUCUAUCAGAGGACUUGCAUUUUUAUUAUACAGAAAAAAUGAGGAAUUCAAGAUAUGCUAAAAGGCUAGCAGAAUUGUUGAAAGUCAAUAAUACAAUGCAGAAGGUAUGCGAAUUCAAAAUGGACGAUGACGAAAUGUUUGAGAAAGUCGGAAAAUCGGGACUUGUGAGUUUAUACAAGAAUUCUGAAUUCAAAUUUUUUGAGGUUAGUUGUUUCUGCCGACCAUGUAGACUUCAAAAGUGUCUCAAGCUUGGAAUGAAAACCACCACGUCACGUCUUCUGAAUUCUGGAUGCGAAUCUCCAUUAAUCGCUGAGAACCAGUUGAAGAAACUGACGAUGGGAGCUAAUUUUCUGAAGCUAGAUGCUGAUAUUGUCGAAUUUUUCGGAAAUUUUGGAAAAAUGGAAUUUGUGGAUAUCAUUGAAUAUUAUUUUGUGACGGUUAUAAAAUGGAUGUUACGGUUUGAAGAAUUUCAGAAACUGGACAGAAAUUUACAGAUGACCCUAUUAAAUUCCAUCUGGCAUGUAUUCAUGAAAUUUCACAAGUGCUCAGCAACAGCAAUGUUUCGAAAAGCUAACCAAAAUUCGAGGCCAUUUCAAAGAGUUAUAAGGAACGUUUGUAUGGAUUUUGAGAAGGCAAAAAUGGACACAACAUGGAUGAGUGAUUAUCCACACCAGUAUGUUGGAAUCUACAUGAAAUCGCAAGCCAUUCACGAAGAAGACGUCAUUGAACUAAUUGAAAAACUGAACCCAACAGAUGUGGAGCUCACAUUUAUGUUUGCUCAGACUUGCUUUCAAUAUGCUGGAAAUCGGUUUCAAGGAGAAAUUAUGAAUAUUACGGAUCGAUUCCAACAGAUUUUGGCAAACGAUUUACACAAAUACUAUACAGUUGAAAUGAGGAAUCCGAGAUAUCUGAAACGAAUCGCAGACUUGAUGAAAGUCAAUAACACAAUACAGAGGUCCAUCUGGGAAGGCCGUCCUCAACGGGAACUGAAUCGAGUGUUUAAUGUUCUUAAAAUCGGUUUUUCUCAUCCUCAAAUGUUCGAGGACUCGGCGUUUUGCACUGGGGAAGUUGGUCAAAUCAGUUGA